AUGAAGCUAGGGAUACAGUUGCCACUGCUUAUCGCUGCCGUAAAAUCGCAGUUUACGGUUACAAUCAAAUUAUGUACAGACAGAGAUCGCUCGCCCAAAAUCGUGAAUCAGGCUUGGGCUCCUUCCGGAAGUUUGACAAUGCAAAUCGGAUCCAACCCCUCCUUUCCGCUCAAUUUGCCCUACAAUCAGAAGAAACACGAAGAAGAUAUGACCGAAGAAUACGAAGGAGACAUUGACAGUGCUUCGACGGUUUCCUUCCUGUAUACAAAGAAAGACAUCUUGUGCAUCGAGAAACUAGAGCUGAGAUCAUUAAAAUCCGGCGCUCAAUUCAACAUCAUUCAAGACUACGAUCCCUACGCUUGGGACCCAACAUCUGGCGAUCAGUCUUGGACAUCUCUUACAGGCAAAAAGAUUUCAUACUGGGCAGAUGACUGCAUGCCGGACAGUCGAUUUCUCACCAAAACUGCACCCUUCGCCCAAAGUUGCCACGACUCGGUGACUUUUGACAUCGUUGCGAAAAACGAGUGCGCUGAUGGCACGCAUGGAUGUGAUCCAAUCGCGCAAUGUGUUGAUACUCAAUUUUCAUACGAAUGUGUUUGCCCACAAGGAUUCAUCGGAAACGGGCUCAAACCUAUUGCUGCUUUCGCGAGAACUGUUCCUCGAGGUUGCGUGCCUGAUGGACGAGCAGCUACUGAAACAUCAACAACGACGACGACGACGACGACGACGACAACAACUACGACAACUACAACGACAACUACGACAACGUCUACAACAACAACAACGACGACGACCACGACCACGACCACGACGACGACCACUACGACGAAAAAGGCAGCGGAGCUAAACUCCUACUGCUCAAGAGAGGAUGAGAAGGAAAAGCCUGACUGGCUAAUGCCUUGGCCUCGUCGAUCAGGAUGUCAGUACCCUACUUGCGACGCCACAAUUACGAUUGUAGAUUCCUGGUCAAGAAAGAGAGCGAAUCGAAGAGGUGGCCUGCAUCACGGAUUUGCCGCAAUCAUCAAAGUCCCUCCUCAUCACUACGACGGCGAUGGAUUUUCGAUUCUUCUUCGUUUACCGAAAGAUAUGGAGCGAGGAAGCUUUCAAGUGUGGAACAUGAAUUUCUGGAAUUUCUACGAGGGCCCCAACGGGGAAUUUGACGUGUUGCUCCACUCAAAAUGGUGGAAUAACAAAAAUGACAGAACCGAUCCCCACUCAUUCCUCAUUGUUGCUGAGCGAUUGUCAAGUCCUGAAUUCCCCUCGAUUCUCUUCUGGAACAACCGGCAGAAACGGCACCAUUGCUUCCAGUCAAAUAUGAUGAGAGGUGGACGAUUCAAAGAUGGAGAGGAUCCAAUUCAGACAAUCGUCCAAUCUUCCAACAGAGAUGACAGAACAACCGAUGACAUCGUCAAGAUUGUCAUCAAUAGAGGAUCAAUUCAGCGAAUCAAUUUUUCGUCUGCUGCAGUUGACUACAAGAGAUACGCCGAUCAGCGGGACCUUUCUUAUUCGGAUAUUGUUCCUAGAUGGGAGAAUCCAAACGAAUACACUCCAACUGGGUCAGAGCUUUUGGUUCCAUAUCGUUUUGCCGCUGACAACUUUCCCUCCGACGACAUAAAUUUCAUCAAAUCCGCGCUGGAUGCUCUAACCUCUCAAAUAAACGGAUGCAUCACUCUAUACGACGAUACAGAUACGGCUCUUUAUCCGCAUUAUAUAAACGUGAAGAGGUUCGAUGAGAAUUUCAUCGUCGACCAAGGCUGUUGGUCAUACAUUGGCCACGUCUUUUGGAACGGGCAAAAUUUGAAUCUGGGCCCGAAUUGCAUGAGCGUCGGUACUAUCCAGCACGAGUUUCUUCACGCCCUUGGUUUUUCCCACGAGCAGACGCGUGCCGACCGAGAUGAUCACAUCAAGGUCUAUUUUGACAAUAUCAAACCUGAUUUUGCGAAUAACUACGCGAAAAUCCCGACAGAAGAAUGGGAAGAUGUCAGUUCUCCUUACGAUUUUACCUCGGUAAUGCACUACGGCUCUGAUUUCUUCAUUACAGAUGAAGCAUGGGCUGCUGGCAAUUACACCAUGACAUAUUUGAAUGGUGAACCAAUCUGGCCACAGCGAAACGGAGCUACAAGCAUUGAUAUUCACCAGCUUACAUACGCGUACGACGGUUUCUGUGCUGGCCAAGUUGAGUUUGAGACGUGUGAUAAUGGUGAUCCACUGUUACCUGCAAGACUCUGUGAUGGAAACUCAGACUGCGCUGAUGGCUCCGAUGAGGGAGACGAAUGCUUAGUAGAGUGGGGCUGUUGCGAAUCAUUUGAUCUUGAUGGCUUUGGGCAGGUCUUUUCGAGUCCUGGAUGGACUCUCGUUGGCGUUGAAAAGGAAAAUAAUCGGCCGUACUAUACUGACGGUUCAAAAACCCUACUUUACGGUGGCUACGUCGGUGGAAACCAUAACUGCGGCAGUGCUACGCCGAGUUAUUACUGGGCUAUUGUUGGCAAAGUUUGGGAUGCAGGAGUCAAUCCUGGCUGUACUGAAUUCAAUGAUGCCCUUCUUGGCCAAGACAUCGGUGUUUUUGCAACUGAAUUGGUGGAAGACCCGACGGUUGCUUCAUGUAUGGCUUCGACAGCAACAAUUUCUAACUGCGUCCCAGAAAGCCAAGAUGAGAACAACGCUCGUUUUGCGGAACCUGACGAGAGAGAGAUGCUUGGUAACGACCCUGAGUCAGCUGAAACCAGUCAAGAUUGA